AUGCGAGAAAGCCCAUCCCAAAGGCGGGCAGAUGAGGUUGUACAGGAGAAUAAAGAAGAACUAGACGAGGGAGGAAGACGUCACAGUAACGCGUCCCUGUCGCCAACGGAACACGAUGGCGAUUCCGUCCCGGAACACGGGGGUGAGAAGAGAAACAAGAUGGAACUUGCUCGCACGAAGUCGAUCGCAGAGACGCUGUCUCUUCCGCGAGAAAUCAUUUUCGUGGCUAUCGUAUGCAGCGCGCAGUUAUUGACCCAAGCCGGACUAGGAAAUGUCCAAGCCAUUGUCCAUGUCAUCGGGGAUGAUUUCGGUCUAUCAGAUGCAGAAUUACCCUGGCUAAUCGCAGGCUACUCCCUCACGGUUGGCACCUUCAUCCUCCCCUCUGGACGUUUCGGCGACGUCUUCGGAUACAAGCGCAUGUUACUCAUCGGCUUCCUCUGGAUGGCAUUAUGGUCCCUCGUCCUAGGGUGCUCCGCUUACUCCAACCACGUCCUCUUCACUUUCGCCCGCGUGUUUCAGGGCAUAGGACCAGCCAUCAUGCUGCCCAACGGCCUCGCAAUCUUCGGCGCUACCUACGCGCCUGGACGGAGGAAAAACAUGAUCUUCGCCAUCUUCGGAGCAUGCGCACCAACAGGCAGUAUCAUAGGAAGCGUCUUCGCAGGCCUUUUUAAUUUGACGUGGUGGCCAUGGACAUACUGGGCCCUCGCCAUCUACCUCGCUCUCCUCACGGUUGUGGGGUCUCUCAUGAUCCCGGAUCCCCCCAAAAAGUCAAGGUUCUCGCACAUGUCUGCACGCGAGCAAAUCUCUAACCUGGAUCUCCCUGGCGCAUUGACAGGCGUAACCGCCCUCGUCCUCUUCAACUUCGCGUGGAACCAAGCGCCGCUCGUCGGCUGGCCUAAAGCUUACGUCUACGUCUGCCUCAUCCUGUCGUUCCUCUUCCUUCCCUUGUUCUUCUACAUCGAGCUGCGCGUGUCGAAGACGCCGUUGAUACCUUUCGAUGCGCUAACCACGGACGUCGCUUUCGUACUCGCCUGCGUCGGCUGCGGCUGGGCCUGCUUCGGGAUAUGGUAUUACUACACCUGGCAAUUCGCGCAGGUCCUCCGCGACGCCUCACCCCUCUUAUCUACAGCGUGGAUAUCUCCGGUUGUUCCGAGCGGAUGUAUCGCGGCUCUUGUUACAGGUCUGGUGAUUCACAAAGUCGGGCCCCCGCCCGUUAUGAUGAUCGCGCUCACCUGCUUCACCAUCGGCACCAUCCUCAUCAUGACCUGCCCCGUCGACCAGAUCUACUGGGGACAGUUCUUCUUCUGCACCGUCAUCACGCCGUGGGGCAUGGAUAUGUCAUUCCCGGCUGCUACACUUAUCCUCUCUGACGCUGUGAGCAAGGAGCACCAGGGGAUUGCGGCGAGUCUUGUGAACACUGUUGUCAACUAUUCAAUCUCGCUGGGCUUGGGCUUUGCUGGUACAGUCGAGGUGUACGUCGUCAACGGUGGAACGACACCCGAGGAUACGUUGAAGGGUUACCGAGCGGCUUUGUAUAUGGCCGUGGGGUUGAGCGGGUUGGGGAUGAUCAUCAGUGGGGUGUACUGUGUGAAGUGCUGGAUGAAGGAUAGGAUGACGAGUUGUAAGCACGAUGAAGAGAUAUAG